CACAUAGUCCCACGACGACAUUACGACAAGGACAAGUCUUUCGGAUUCGGAAGUUUCUAAUGUUUCGAUUUUGAAGUUCGAACAGUUAAUGUACUCAUCGAGCAGCGUGCAACAUCAGAGCUAAAUAUUAUUACAAACAUCGGAGACGACUACAAUCGUAAAUAUACAAUAUCGGCCGAUUACUAGAGAACUACAAUACAAAACGUUGCACAUUGUCGACGGCGUGUUUGAAACUUGAACUACAUAUCAUAUAGUAUGCUUGAACGUCAGUGCGGCAGCUGUUUAGUGCUUACCACUUAACCAGGUUCGACCACAUGUCCACACGACACGCGUGCACACACGCAUUACACAUUUUCACUCGUAAAUCCAAUGCUGUCUAACUUCUAUGACAUUUCUGCGGACAAUCUACUAUCUAAGCGAUGCCACCGACGACCGACGGCACGUUCUGUUUUUAUGUAACACGCUUACACGCGUCCUGACCUCAACCAAUUCUGAACCGGUUGCACAAAUCGCGGCGCAAAUAGUCGGGAGUGCCAUGCGUUUACAUUCGCUAGGUCAUUGAUGGAUCAUUUAUAGUAUUUAAAUCUGGCUAAAUAACCAAAUGCAUUAAUAACGUGAUAAAUCCGAAGACAAAUACUCCGGUGGGUGAUACACGAGUGAACAAUAAUAUCAUCAUAGGACUAUAUAACCAUUGUCAGUUUUCUUUUUGUUCCGCGUUUCCGGACACGGGCCGUACGGCGUUCCGUUCCAUACCGCCCAGAUUCUUUGUAACACAGUGCGGAGCACAUUACACUCACAACCCGCAGAACGCACACAUCGUCCGGGCGCUUCGCUUAGACGUGUCUCUCGCAUAGUCGCAUUCACUCCUCGGCCGCCUCAGGUAUGACUUAUUAAUUGUCUCGCCACCGCCAAUAAUUAUCAGCACCACGUGAUAACAGCCACGCAACUCUAUUGUUACGGUUACGAUAUUAUAUAUACCACCACGCGCCGUAAACGGCGUAAACAUCGUGUUCAGUGAGUUACGAGUAUUCGGCUACGUCAUCCAUCGGUUCAGGAAACUCCGGACGCGUCACUGUCGUCGAUACGACCACGGGUUUUAAUCCUAUUAAUUUAAUAAAUAAUCUGUGAUACCAUAGCCGAGCCUCCUCCAGAAGUCCAGAACCACGAUCGCGGUCGAAUUGAUUUGAAAUGUUGUGCCUAAAUAAUGAUAGCAAGAUACAGAUGAGGCUAAAUAUUAAACGGCAUCGACAAAAACUUCUUCAGUAUUUAGAGAAUACUAAUGAUACUGUUUUAAAACCUAAAAUCAAAUUAAUUUCAAAUAAUUUAGAAAAAUUUAAUUUAAAUCACAAUGUUAAACCAAAAAUUGCUUUUAGUACUGAAUUACUAAACUCAAAACUUGAACCAACUAAGAUUAGAAACCAUAAAACUAGAUCAACUGUUCGGCUAAAACAAUUAAAGCCUAUAAUAACUACCAAAGAAAAAAAACUUGAAGUUGUAACCAAUGUUGACAUAAAAAAAUACAAAACCAGAUCAAGUGAUACUCUGAAUCAACUUCAACCAAAUAUUAAAGUAAAUGUACAAGCUGAACUGCCUUCAUCAAAUAUUGAGUUGAAACAAAAAUCUAUAUCAACCGACGAAAUAAUAAAUCCUCCUGAACCUAUCAUAAAAAAACUUAAAGAGCAAUUGAUCGAAGAGCUAUAUAAUAGUAGUUCAGAAUCAGAAGAUAUUGAUGAUAACAUUUCUGUUGGAAGUAAUGAAGAUUGGAGUGAAAUUUUUCCAACAGAUAAUAAGAGCGAUGUAUAUAACAAUGUCAGCAGCAAUUCAAUCCCUGUUGAAGCAGUUAAAUAUUAUGAACAAGAACAACCGGUCAAUGAAAAAAGUAAAGAAGAAUAUUAUUCUAGUUGUGACAGUGAUAUCCCUGAUUUGGAUGUCAACUACCCGAACACCAGAAAGAAAAAUCGGACCAUAAAAAUGACAAAACCUCAACAUAAAAGUAGUAAUAAGUCUAAACAGAGGUUUAGAAAACCCCAAGAUAGGUCUUUACAUAAUGCCAAAGAACGAGCAUGUCGAGAACAAAUAGCCAAAAAAUUUGAUAUUCUAAGAAAAUCUUGUAGUUAUUUGAACACAAAUAGACGUGUACCAUCAAAACAUAGCAUACUUUUAGCUGCAAAAAAAGAGUGCGAUUUGUUAAAACAUUUUGAAAAUAAAUUGAUCGCAGAAAAAAAAGUAUGGCGUAAAGCAAACGAUAAUCUAAGGGAGAGGAUAGCUAAUAUCAAUAAUAAAAACUACAAAGCCGACAUGAUAGUAGAUUUAGAUUUAAACUGAUUGAUUAUGUAUUGCCGGACAAACCAGGGAAAUAUUGUGGUAAUUUUGUAAAUGUAUAUAAAUUAAACACAAUGUAUCAACUAUUCUGACCAACUAAUUAUUUAUUAUUUUUGGUAUAAAAAAAAUAUGUAUAUUAUUUUAAUAAUAGUUAAUUGAUAUUAUACAUGUAUUAUUAUGUUUUAUCUGUAUAUUUUGUAUACAUAAUGCAAUGUGUACAAUUGUUGUUUAUGUUAUGUGUUUCUAAUAACUAAUAUUUUUUUUCUUUGUUUGUAUAUUUGUAUGUAUUAACACCAAAUAUUUAAUUCAAAUU